ACGACAAACCAACUAUAUAUGAUCUGCCAAUUAGUCCUUUAUUUGGUGUCAUAACUGCUCCGUGUGUCACACCUUUGAAAAAUCAAGAUGACAAACAUUAUUUCACCAUGUCUCAAAAAACUUACAACCCAUUCAAAGGUGCAUACACAACAAUGGAUAUUCCAUGUUUUUACAACCCUGACAAUGGUUGUCACAGUGGUGUUGCCAAUGCUACAAAAAAUGAGAAACCAAUUUUUACUGUGGCAGGCGAG